UAAUCUGGACUGCACAACUAGUAGACCUGCCAAAAACAAACAGAUCAAGAGGAUCACCGGCAUCGCUUGCUUGCUUGCUUUUUAACUCGAGGGGCCAUCGGUGUGGGUACUGGAAGCCACACGAUCUCAAACCAACGGCCGUCCUGCACUUUUCGUACUGCCGUAAGAAGAGCCCCCGUCCGGUCUCUAUUCGGGGAAACCAAAACCGAGCGCACUCUCUCAUCUUUCAGACCGACAUCCCGUAGAGUCGCAUCGAGUUCGUCCAUCAGUCCAAAUCCAAAUCGUUAUCCUCCUCUCUCUCUCCUCCCGCCCAAACCCUAGUUCUCGAUCGAGGAAGAGAAAUCUGGCCUUCCGACGGAAUGUCUGGUUUUUUCAUAAUUGUUUAGAAUGAUGUCAAGACCUGUGGUACUCGUUUUUCUGCUGGUGAUACUUAUAAUCACGUCACAAUUUGAAUGGAAAGCACAACUUGCGAAUGAAAUAGAAGCAAGUCGAAGUAUUUCUCAGAAGCAGCAACAUAUAUCAAGCAGAGAAGAAAUUGUCAAAGAAAAACUUAUGCUUCUAGUCCCUGCAGCUUGGCCUUCAUGUCAUAGAUCUUGCCUUAGAGCUUUACCAUACAUCAGCUUUGCUCCAAGAUAAUCCUCUCACAAGAAAAGAAUAUUCAGAGGCUGAAUGAGCUUGUUCAGAGCCUUCAGCAACUGCUGCUGCAAUGCCGCGGCAGUAAUAAUACAGUAAAUGGCACUGGAAAUUCUUUGGCAGCAAAUGUUAAUGAGAUUGAGAGGCAGCAAAUUGUGGAAGAUUGAGAAGCCUGGAACUAAUUGAAAUUACCUGGCUGUCAUGGAUGUAUCUUUAUCAGAUGUACUGUUAUUUCAGUAGUGAAACAGUUCAGGCAGAUUUAAAACAGCACAAUACCUGGAUCCUUGCCUGUUCAAUAAAGAAGUGAUGCCUUUGUCACAACAAGACUGAAGCUGGUUGCGGAGCUGUGUAACUCUGUGCAGCAUGUUUGUAGAUCUGUUAAAAUGAUUGCCUUGUAUCAGUAUGCUCGGUUAUUCUAAAAUUGAUUUUCUCAGUUGACAUUAUUAUCUCUAGAUACCAGACCUUUAAUUCCUCACCCAGUCUUUGGUUUCCCUAGCAGCACUUUGUGCCAUUUAUCGAACUGAUUUAUCAUCUAUUAGUUUGAUA